CCGAGCUUGGACCAACAGCCUCAACGUCAGGAAGCAACAGACAGUGCACAUACAUACAUCUACACCAUAUUUCCGUGUGCCUCUAUUCAACGCUUCUUGAAAUGUCCAUAUUCGCCAUGAGAAGAGUACCACCAUGAAAGCCCUUGCAGAAUUGUCCGAUGCCCAUCUUAUCCUCCUUGCCGUUCAACUCUGCGUGAACGGCGAUGUGUCCGCAUUGCCACGUUUACAAACCCAUUUCCGUGGUGCUCCCAGCACGGAUAUAUUCUUCCGCAUCAUAUUGUCCUUUCUGCCUGAGAGCACAGAGCCUUCCCGAUAUAUCUCUGUUAUCGAGGACCUAGCCAACGGAUCUUCGCCUCAGCCUGUGGAAGAAAAUGACGAUUUUGAUGUAGCUUCAGUGGGCGAGUUGUCUACAUCUGCAGCAAGGAAGGAGGUCCAACGACUACAUCUCUUACCGCUUCGAUACCCCGGGAAUACAGAGGAGGAAUCAGGUAGCCCGCUGGUUCAAUUCCUCAUCCAUCGAGCACACAGAAUAGACAACGAGUCGGGGUUACAACCGUUUAUUAUCGAGCUCCUACAGCCAUUCCUUGAUACAUCGGAGUACCUGCAAACAUGGGUCAUAUCGACCGCGCUACCUCUACUUCGGUUCAACUACGAAUAUCAUUGCGAGAACGGCGUUGAAUUAUCUUUAGAGAUAAUAGAGUCACUGGAUUCGGGAAGCGCCGUCAAUGUCCUGCUGUCAAAAACUGAUCGACGAGAAAGGGGUGGAGAUGUAGGCAGAGACUUGCGGGGACUAGUUGGCCCUUGGAUGUACGGCCAUGCGAGAUCGAAAAGGCGGAAACUCAAUCAACUUGAACAUUCGGGGUCAAUUGCCAUAUUUGAUAACCGAAAUCCUUCGAGUGUGUCUGACAGAACCGGAUGGCAAGAUGUUAAUGAGUGGAUCCUGUCGACUAGUAUACGGGACUUCCACUUGGCUGUUGAAGCAGUAGAGCAAUGGGCAGGUCCGGAGGAUAUAGAUUUUGGCGGUAAUAAUAAACCCCAAGGGUUGGUGUCACUCCAUGCCGACAACCAGCUGGCUCUGAACUAUGGUCAAGCUGCGCUGGCUGCUAUAUAUGCCACCACCGAAGCCACCCCAGAAACUCUCGAUGGAUCCUGCCGGAUUUUAUAUAGGAUUGCGUCUCUGCUUGAGAUUCCUGGUCACUCUAUCUUGCGCAUCUUUGAAAACGAUCUCGAACCUCUCAAUCUCGACCUAACUGCCCUUUCGGAUGUAUCUCGGGGUGCCAUCCUCCAGAAUGCUCUACUAGAGCGUUCCAAUCCUCUCACAUUCCCUACUACUCACACAAUUGCGUUUACUGACGCCAUUCUUGUUUCUAUUCGUACUUUAAAUAGCUUCGGCCAUGCAAUGUCAUGCAGGGGCGCCGCGAAUAUUUGUCUACUUGCUAGUGACGAAAUGCAGCUCUCAGAGCUACGCAGUGUUUUCGAGACCUUGCAACGGGAUCAUAAAACGGGACGCGACUGGCGGAAAAUCAGGUCGCAGCUACUCUGGUUGAGAGAUUGGGGAUAUUCUGUUCAGCCCGAGGAACGGGAAGCUAAAUCCAGUCCUGGUCAUGGGCUGUUCUGGCGCGUUCCCCUGGUUCUCCUCGAGGGGGAUGUCUUGAAAGCCAUGUUGAACGCAAGGCAAUACGAGCUUGCCGUUGAGCUCUACGCCAAAAAUCUAUCCUCGUCCCCUCUCCCACCAGCACAAGUUGAGCUUGCAGUGACAGACGCAAUAUUCACAUCCUACGAUAAUGCCACCAAUGGAAAUAAAACGAGAGGCGGAAUAAAACGAGCUUCAGAAAUGCUCAAAUCAUUUGGACCUUACUUCCCACAUUCUGAAUCAAUCCGCCAAAUCAAGGCGUUGAUAUCCGCCACACAUUCACUAUCAUUUUAUUCUCUCACGUUGCAACAUGGCGUCCCAUUCCAGCCUGUCAGCAUCCGUGCCCAUCAUGAUCCCCUUUCAUUGAUUGGCAAAGUGCUUGAGCAAAACCCUAAGGCGUAUACGGAACUCGACAACCUAAUUACAAUUGGUCGACAUCUCGUUACAGCAGGCUUCCCUGCGCGUCCCAGAGACAACGAUGACCCCAUGCACAACAAAAAAGCCCCGUCUCGCGAAGAAGAAUUGCUAGCUUCAGAUCACCGAAUCAUAUCGCUCUCCAUCUCCGCGGCCCUAGAAUCCAAUGAUUUCGACACUGCUUAUUCCUAUGUUCUGACUCGCUUAGCUCCACCAUCAAUUACAUCAAACUCUGCGACUGCUAUGGGUGAUGAUGAUGUAUCAUGGCGCGCUGCGUAUAAUGCGGGCCGACAUCGCUCAAGCAUCGCCGAACCAACCAACAAAACACUCCAAUCUCAAAUCCUCCGCCUUACCCAGCGGAUGGAAUUACUCUCUCUAGCGCUAAUACUCGCACCCUCGCCCGAGAACCUCCCAGAAAUCCUCGCCGUAUGGCGCCGCUGUGAUGAAGAGAUGACAUCUCUCCGCGCACAAGAGACGGCAGAGGCCGAAAGCUGGGACACGCGUGGCGAUAGCAUAACCUCCAACUCAAACUUACCCGGCGGUUUUGGCCCGUCCGAUGCUGAGCUCGAUGCUCUAGAAACCGAACAAGCUAAGCGGUCGCGCACGGGACAUGGCAAACGCGCAUCCCACUUCGCAGGCGGUUAUGAAGAGGCGCCCAUGGGCUUAUUCGAAGUGGCGCGUGGCGCGGCACAGGCGAUUAGCAAGACCGCGUUUCCGCUCCGUGGGCCUGAGGCUGCUUCCGGUGCCGGCCGUGCUUCGAGCGAUUCGAGACGUAUUAGUAUGGAUACCAUGGGCACGGAAGAUGGGAGUGGUGGUGAAGGGGGUGGCGGUGGACGGGUUAGGAAGAGGGACGUUGUUAGUAGUAUGGUGACGGGUGGGUUGGCGACUGGGCUUGGGUGGGUGCUUGGUGCUCAGCCGGUCAGCAACAAUCAUAAUGAUGCUAGCGCUAAUGCUCAUAUGGAUGGGUAAUCAUGCUUUAUGUUAACCACGCAGCUGUCCGUUGUUUUAUUUUUAUUUUUAUUUUACUUCACUUAUUUUUUGAUCCAUGAUUGAUUGAUUAUACAUACACUAGCCAGCUACAGAUACGUUUUGGGCCUAGGGAGUAGUUUGAUUUCUUGGUCUAGUUGUCCUUUAUUGCCUUAUGCCUUUUACUAAUUAUAUCCAUUUGAUUCGAUAUCGCUAUCUUCUGUGAUGAUGCUAAGAAUGAGAUUUCACUCCAACACAUUCCCGGCUUUAUUGCUACAAUAAUCAGUGCGUUUUCUUUCUGACUACUGCAAGAAAAAUAUCUAUACGCCGUAGUUACAGUAGACAAAUCGCAGUCCA